GACACUGAGAUCCUUCAGUACGCUUUGACGCUCGAGCAUCUCGAAGCUGCCUUUUACAAUCAAUCCAUCGCUCGCUUCGGCGAUGAGGACUUUCAAGCCGUUGGACUCAACGCUAGCGUCCGCAACCAGCUGUAUUCCGUCGGUCAGGAUGAGGCUGCCCACGCUGCUUUCUUGACUCAGGCUUUGGGCGAGUCGGCCGUUCAACCGUGCACUUACAACUUCAGUAGCGUUACGGAUGUCGCUUCCUUCUUGGCCACCGCCACUGUUCUCGAAGGUGUGGGUGUCUCUGCGUACCUCGGCGCAGCGCCCUCGAUCAGCAACAAGACGUACCUAGCUGCCGCUGGAAGCAUCUUGACCUCCGAGGCUCGUCACAGCUCUAUCGUCCUAGCCGCCGCGGCAGCUGCGAGCAAUUCGACGGACAAUGCUGCCCCCUCCCCUUUUGACACUCCUUUGACCUCUCAAAACACCGUCUACUCGUUGGCUGCUCCAUUUUUCGAGUCUUGCCCUCAAGACCUCGGACUUAAGGCCUUCCCCGCCUUGACGGUCAGC